AUGGUUCAGGCACCGCUCAAGAAGAAGAAAUCUGGCGCCGGCGGCGCCCAUACGGCACGGAAGAACAAGCCCCAGAAACCCAUCGCAGUUGAGAAGAACCGCAAGCUGGCGCACAUGCUGCGGAACAAAAAGAAAGCUGUUGGGGUGACUCAGAUUGAGGAGUCUCUGUCGGGUAUCGCCAGGAGCAACAUGGAGGAAGUGAAGAUGUUGGGUGGCGGUGAUAGUUCGAACGCCAAGAAAUCUCGCCCGAAGAAGGUUUGA